UAUUUCGUCUUUCUUAAAGAAAAAAAUUUAUCAAUUUUCUUUCCUCUUUUUUUAUAAUUCAUUCAAUGAAAAUUUGACCAGGGAAUAGUAUUACAAAAUAUUGGUAACUAUGAACGAAGCUGUUAUCUCCAGCUAUGAGACCUUCUAUAGUGGUCCUGGUUUGCCAUCAGACUUGUCAGCGGAAAUGGCGGCCGCAACUUUGGUGCAUGCUUCGACUGAGGCAGAUUAUCAUAAAACAACAUCGCAGCCAUCACAACACGAAACUCCACGCCGCUAUCAUCAUUCUACUACAUACAACAAUUCUUUUAUGACCACGGGUGAUGUUACGGCGCAAACGACUUAUUCUGCGCCAAUCGGUUUCAGUUGCAAUAACAAUAACGGUGUUUCCAGUAAUGGUGUUUCCAGUAAUGGUGUUGGCAGAAAUGGUUUUACACAAAUUCCAUUCGUACAAAUCCAUACCACAGACGUGCAGCCGCAGAGUGCAAAUAAUAAUGCACGAUUUCGACGCAAUGCCUCCAGUAAUCAUGAAGAGAUAAAGGCAGAGCCAAUUAAGUCGGAAAACGCUGAUGGUGCCAAAGAGCGGAUAAAUGCAACACCCACACCUCCAGAAUCAGCACAACAGCGCAGUGAAAAUAAUGCAGCUAAAAACUUGAUCCAAGCUGAAAAGGACAAUGCAACAAAUAACGUAAAUAACUCGGAUGAAAUUAUCCCCAAUGUCAAUUCAAUGAACGGAACGCAGCGACGUAGUAGAAUUUACUUGAAAAAUGUUGAAUGUUUGCGAGAACCACAUCGAGAUCCUAUCGAGCAACAAGAUAACCUUAUUAGUGAUAGUCUCUUUCACUUUGACAACGAUGAUAGCAAUACCUUGGCAAAUAUAGGUAGCAUUAGUAUGGAAGAUCAGGACAUUAUUGGUAUACUCACCAGUGGCGAACAAAAUCUUCACAGCAAAAGCAAUAAUAUUGACAAUGUUGCUAAUGAAGCAAUAACAGCACCCGUUGAAGUAAAUAAUCCAGUGAAUCCACCUAAACAAAAGAUUUCUAUUAAAAGUGUCGACGUGUUGCGCGAACCUGCGCUGAUGCGACGUGAUUAUGAGAUGCAAGCAUUUGACGAUUUCAAUAACAUUUGUAGCGUUUUGAAUUUACAUGAUGCCGGUAACAUCUGUGAAGAAAAUGAUGGAGAAGCCGAUGACAACGAUGUACAAUAUAGUAAUUAUGCAAUGACCUCGAAUAGGGAACCACUGGUAGGAAGCACUAACGAAGCUGACAUCACUAAUUUUACAAGUUGCUACGAAAAACCUAGGAAACCUAAAAUUUAUAUUAAAAACGUAGACAUCCUUAAAGAGCCUAUGACAUUCUCUAACAGUAUAAAUGUGCCUAACGUUACGGAGUCCAAUAGCAAUGUGAUGAAUUUCAAUUUCAUGCAACCUUCGCUACCACAAAUCGCUACCUCCUACCUUGAAAAUGUGGAAAGCUUAAACCCUACGGUGCCGCCAUUUAAUGGUGGAAUGUCUCAACUUCCUCUUGGCACUAUAUCUGAUCAAUAUCUCUUUGAUAAUGGGGGCGGCAACUUUUUGGUUAAUACGACAACAGCUACCUCUGCUGACACAUUCACUUAUGGAAACGAAGCGAACUCGGACAACUUUUUAAUGGAAUCCAGUCGUUAUGUGGAUACGAUAACUCCAAUUAUGAUUGAACCUACGCCGCCACCUCAGCAAAUGGACAUAAUUAACGAACAUAUAAACACUUUUGCGAAAGAUGUCCAACCAGCUACACAGACUGCAACGCCGACCAAUAUUCCAAAACAGAAAAUUUUUAUUAAAAAUGUUGACAUUUUGAAAGAACCACAGUUCCAGGAGCCGCGCGGCUUGCUACACCUGCGCACAGUCGAUGAAUUGAAUCUAAUGAAUAGAAAAGAAGUUGAAAAUCUCAUAGCGCCUAAUUUAGAGGGCAAUCAGUCUAGCUUGGGUGAAGAGGAUAUCAGCGACAAUUUCACGCAAUUGAACAAUGGGAGUGGUGAAACGUCUGCGGUUGAACAGUGCACCGACAGCAAUGCAAUCGAGGCUAUAUCAUACGGAUGCGAAGGUUUUAAGCUGAACGAAUUUUCCACACAAAAUAGUUGGCAUGAUGACUACGAUCUGGGUGAUGAUAUCCGGGAAAUAAUAACUAGCACUAUGACACCAAGUAUACCAACAUCGCAAAAGAUAAUACAUGAUUUGGAUACACCGCAAGUUUCACUCAUUUCAAUACCAGAUAUGGAAGAGCUCACCGGGACAAACGUUGGGAUCAAUAUCAGUACGAUGCCACAAGCAACAGAGGAAGAUAUUGCAUUGCCAGCAAGUGUGAUACAGCCACAAGACAACGCACACUUCUCAUUCGAAUGUGAAAUCGCCGAAACUGAUAAUGCUUUAUCAGCACCAAUUUGUGAUGUUGAUAAUAAUCGAGUGGACACCAACGCAGUUUGUCAUGAUACUUUGCCCGAGGCGCGGAAAGCGCCUGCAACAAUGGAUGUAGAUCAGUUAGCAGGCGCUACAGAAGAAUUGAAACCGGAACGCUUAAAUCAAGCCACGCCUGGUGAACAAACUACAGCAGCGCUGCCUCAAAAAAGUAACACAGCAACAAACUUUUCUGACAUUCCACCACUCACUCCAAUGAGCUCUGUAACAUAUAACUUAAAUAAUACCGUAAAUACAGCAACAACCAUUGCCAACCAACCAACUGGUUUACCAGUACCGCCACUUGUGCCAAUGUUACCACCGAUUCAGUUGCCAAAACCUGUCGCCGCUUUCAGUGCAACUAGCACAGUAACAGCGCAUGCGGAACGUGGUCGCAUCUAUGUCGCAAAUAAUCUAAUGCAAACACCUAGCGCCAAUUUGUUGUUGCAGAAAUCAACAACCACAACUAAUAAAACAAAAGAGCAAGAAAAACAGCAAACAAAAAAUAAAACGCCAAUUGCUGUUUCGGUCACGGGCGGAACCUCCGUGCGCGGGCGGCCGUUUGGCUCAAAUCGUACAGGCAUAACCAAGAUGCGCAAGCACCCGCAGAACGGAAACGGAGAUGGCGUUUACCUGAAGUGCACAAUAACGGGAUGUGCUUUCCGGUUUAAGAAGUCGAACACUCUCGAAUACCACAUAAAAUGUCAUAGCAGCGAUUCUUCACCAGUGAGCAUGGCAUGUCCAGAAUGCAAAGUGCCUUUCACAAAUUGGAAUUCAUUGCACACACAUCUUUGGCGUACUCAUAAAAUUGACAUGGAGCUAUACAGUUGUGAGUUGUGUAGUUUCAAAACUCCUAUCUAUUCGCGUCUACUAAAUACACAUUCCAAAAUCCACUACGAUGAGCGCAACUACAAGUGUGAUCAGUGUGAAAAAGCCUUUAAGAAUACCAAACAAUUGAAAAAUCAUCGACGUUGGCAUCGCAACCACAACAAAGCAACCUCCACGACGACAUUGAAGCCCGAGAGCACUAAGAAAGAUAUUGCAACAAAUGCUGAAAGCAAAGAUCUAGCGACGACAUCGCUUUCAACCACGGUUGCAACAGUAUUUUCAACGUCUGAACGCAAUUUUCAUCGAUGUAAGGACUGUGAUGCAGUCUUUUCGCAUCAGAGAACAUUACGGGAGCAUUUGUGCAAGAAUGGCGCUGCAGCGGUGCAAUGUGAGGUAUGUGAGCGGGUACUCACUUCGCGCUCCUCUUUAAAAUUACACAUGCAGUCACAUGAGCCCUCUAGGCGUUUUAAAUGCAGUAUGUGCGAUUAUUCUUCUAGCGAUCAUAAUGCGUUUCGGCGUCACAAAAUGACGCAUGAUAUGAAUGCAAAAAUGUACUCCUGCGCGCACUGUGACUACAAGUCAAUACAAAGUGUGGCUUACCAGAGACACGUGCAACAAAAGCAUCCACAAGUCGCCGAUUCGAUUGUGUAUAAGUGCAAAAUCUGCACAUUUGCUACCAUAAACAAGGCUUUGUUCGAUGUACAUCAGGUUAAACAUGCAACUCAGAAUGGUCAAAAAGAAACGUCUGAUAGAGAAGAGCCGUGCAGCAAGAAAAGUACGCAAAAUAAUGUAGGUGAGCUGCCGGCAAAAACUAAAAUAAAAGUUAAGAGUCACUUACUGCUGACAACUCCAGCCGAUUCGACAAUGCAAUUCAGCGACUUAUGCUUUGAUGUUGUAACUGUGCCCGCGUAGUCAACGGAGAAGAUUGUUAGGUAAAAAGGGUUUGUGUUGCCAUACAAAUUGAAGUUAAUUAACUUUGGAGCGACGUUUAUUUGAAAAAGUUUUGGUAAUAUGUAGAUU